AAGCAUGUAAAUCUACUUUUAAUACACAUUUUUUCUUUGCUUACAAGAUCCUAGAUCUAACUGCAUAGACAAAGUUAUAUUUCUUUUACGAGAAUGUUAACUUUGCUGUAUGGUCUCCCGUUAUACAAUAAGUCAAUAGAUUAAAUUAGUAGGCUAGUGUGACGUCACAUAAAAACCCUGUGAAUGUCUGUUUUGGAUGCGCAGGAAAAUUACGUCAGAAAAACAUCUAUUACUAAGUUAUUAUUGCAAAUUUUAAAAAAAGAAUAAUAUAUUCAUUAUCUGUAAAUCAAAACACAUAUUAUAUAAAAAAAAUUUGUCAAAAACAUCGGAGUUUACCUUUAAAUACUAGGUCUAGAUUAGAUUCUUGACUAUUUGAGUCUAGAUCUAGCUAGCCUAGUCAUCAUAUUCAUAUAUAUAGUCAGAAGAUCUCAUUAUAAUCUCAUAUAAUAAACUAGCCUUUAUUAAGAUGGAGUUUGAUGAGACACAAAAACUUGAAAGUUGGCAAGAUGAAAAAAAGAUGGAGAAAGUGGAGUCAUCAACCUUACCAGAUACUUUUAUUUUUUCUACACCUCUUUUGCAACGAUCCAGAGCAAAAAAUAAUUUAGGACUAACCAAUUCAAGUAUUGACAGUGGUUUUGGUAGCUCCUCAAUUUCUGCUGCCAACACUUUUUUUUCUCCUGAUGAUGAAACAAAAAAUGCAGGACUGUUGAAAUCUGACUUUUCUCCUGUAAGGGAGCUCUCUGGUUUGCAAGGCAGGAGAUUAACAUUUGAAUCAAGUGAAAUUCAAGACUAUUUCCCAUCAACCGAUUUAACAUUGUCAUACAGCAAGUUAGAAUUGUUGGAAGGAAACAUUGAAGAUGAGAAAGUGGAAGAAAAUUUUAUGGAAUCCACAAGCACUCAUGAAUCUACCAAAGAAGCAUUCCCUAAAAGUAUGCAGUGUUCUAGUCAUUCUAGCUCAUCACUUUCCAGUUCUGAAACUGACUUGGAAUUUAGCCUUCAAGAAAUGUCUCUUGAUGAGCUGUCCUCUCCUGGCUCAUCAGGCUCCAGGUCUUCUCCAAGUUGCAUGAAACAGAGUGCAAGCCUGGACUCAUUAGACAUUGUGCCGCAUUCACUUGACCAGAGCCAACAAGAUCAUGAAAGAGAUGGAGACAGUCCAACUCACUUGGGUGACUCCCCCAGAAGUAGACACUCUUUUCAGAAAUACUGUCAUAAAAGAGAUGUGACACUGACAAGUGAUCUCACCUCUUUGCAUAAAAAAAGUUGGUCCAAGUCACUGAAGAAAGUUAUUAAACAUUUCUUGCCACCAGAACCAUCUCGGCUUAUUGGUCGUAAUACAGGAGUAAGAAAAUUUGACAUCAUUCAUCAUCUUAGUGUGAACUUUCCUUCAAUAGUGCAAAGAAUAUUCCAGUUGCUAAGUCCUUCAGAUCUCAUGAGUGUUUGUAAAGUGAGUUUAAAUUGGGAGAAGUCUCUGAACAAUGAUUCUAAAGCAUUCCAAAGAUACAAUCAGUAUUUAUUAGAGUCUACAAAGCAGUCCUAUCUAAAAGAAAAGGACAAGGAGAAUAGUUCUGUGGAGAAGCCCUUAGAGGAAAAUCUACAAGAGACUUUGACAGGUACAAGAGGUCUUCUGACCACUUUACAAUCACAAGCCAUAACACUGACAGAAAGUAAGACAACAGGAUUAAGUUCAUGCCAGACAAAUUAUUUCCUGACAUGUGAAGACACCCUUCGGAGAUGUCCUCGGUGCCAGAACUCUGCUCUUAUAAAACCUGCAGAAGAUAGGGCGACAUGUCUAAAUGAAAAAUGUGGCUAUGACUUUUGUACACGCUGUUUCUCUGCCUUCCACCACCCAAAGCGGUGUAAGCCCUUGUGUAGAUUGGUUUCCACUGCAGGUGUGGCGGGCACUAGAAAGAGCAAAAAAAACCUCAAACGACUGUGAUAUAUAUUUAUUUUUAUUUCUAGUCAAUUGUAUAUAUAAUAUUUUUAGUUUCUGCUCUGUAAAUACUGUGUAUUGUAUAUUAUUUUAAUUUAUUUAUUAAGGUAACCUUUUCAUAUGCUCAAAUUUUUAUAGGAUAAUAAAUUUUUUCUAGUAUUUAAUUUAAUAGUAUGAAUUCUCAAUAGUAAUUUAUUUUAUGUAUGGUAAUAGCAUUUAUCUCUUGUUUUGCUAGUUAUCUGAUCUAGUUCAAUAUUUUUGAUCCAUCAAGACAUGCAUUUGGCAAGAAAAACCAUUUCCUCUUGAUUUAUAAUAAUUUCAAGAAAUGAAAAUUUUGGUAAUAACCCAAAGCUAAAUCAAAAUACAAAAACUUUUAGAUUUGCCUUUUGUACAAACUGGCAGCAUAACUUUUAGGAUUAUAGUGCACAUAACUAAGAGAGAUUACUUACUGUUUAUAUGUUGAAUGAAAGAUACUUCUAAAUAAAGUGUAGUCAUUAUAUUUAUGAUUUGCUCAUUAUGUUACAUUUUUAUGAAAUUUAUUCAAAAUGCAUUUAAUCAUAUUAAUUGUUUCCUUUUUAAAUAGAAAAAUCAAAUUUUACUUUAAAAUAAUAUCUGUAUUAAAUUUAGAGAAUAAAAUCUUGUAAUCAUCUUUAUUUAAAGAAACAAGUUGCAGAAGAGGAUGUAGUCCAACUAAGAAUACCAAUUUAUUGUAAUAUUUUAUUAUGGGAUUCAGUUUGUAAUCUAAAAAUGUUUUAUAAAUAUUUGUGAUAAUGUUUUUUAAAAAAAGUGGUAAAUAAUACUAUUCAAUACCGGUAGUCUUUUUUUUCUUCAGAAAUCAUGUACAAAGUUUUGAUAAUGUAUAUUUUCAUGUCAAACUUCUUAGUCUUGUGUAUAUAAUGUAUAUUUAUUAUUGAUUUGUUUAUAUUUACCCCUGAUUUGUUAAUGUUUUUAUUAAUUUAUUUAGUUGACUGAUAAUAAAUAGCUAUAUAUGGAAACUUA